AUGCAAGGGUCAGUGGAUCUGGUCGAUGUGCAAGCUCAGCCUCUACCAGAAACGAAUAAUGUGGCCGGGAUCUCCAAUAAUCCUUAUUUCACCGCAGGACUCGGUCUCGCAGCCUUAGGCACUGUUGUAGCAGCCGCACAGAAAGGCCUUCGCCAUGCUGGAAGCCUGUUGAAGAGGCGACUCUUGGUAGAUGUCGAAAUCAACAUAAAAGAUGAAUCUUACCCUUGGUUCCUCCAUUGGAUGAAGGCACACAAGCAGUCUCAAUUGCAUGUCCAGUCCGGAGGAGUAAAGGCUACGAGUAGUCAGGGCAACAACAAAGGUUUGGUCCAGCAUCUUCUCCGGCGCUUCAAUCCCCGAAUCCAUCAUCUAUCAAUCAAGACGGAUAGGGUAGAGCAUCCAAAUGGCUCCGUGCAAACCCAAUUUUCGCUGAUCCCAGGUCCUGGAAAGCACAUUCUACGCUAUAAAAAUGCGUUUCUUAUGGUCGAACGCGUUCGAGAGACUAAAUCCAUGGACCUUGCCCACGGACGGCCCUGGGAGACAGUCACUUUGACUGCUCUUUAUUCGCAGCGACACGUCUUUGAAGAGUUGUUCAGUGAAGCUCAUCGCCUAGCAGAGAAGUCCACGGAAGGUAGGACCAUUGUCUACACUUCAAGAGGGUCAUCUUGGGAAGUUUUUGGUAGCCCACGCAGAAAACGACCUAUUGAGUCGGUUGUAUUGGAUGAAGGGGUCAAGGAGCGCAUAGUGGAGGAUGUCAGAGAUUUCUUGUGUAGUGGGACAUGGUACUACAGCAGAGGCAUCCCGUAUCGUCGGGGAUACUUGCUCCAUGGACCUCCAGGCAGUGGAAAAAGUUCUUUCAUUCAGGCUCUGGCAGGUGAACUAGAUUACAACAUAGCGAUGCUAAACCUUAGCGAACGGGGUCUGACAGAUGAUCGACUGAACCACCUCUUGACCGUCGUUCCGCGGCGGACCAUAGUACUUCUUGAAGACGCAGAUGCAGCUUUUCGCAACCGCCGCUUGCAGACAGACAUUGAUGGCUAUAGAGGCGCCAACGUAACCUUUUCUGGGUUGCUCAAUUCGCUCGAUGGGGUGGCAAGCGCCGAGGAACGCCUACUUUUUCUGACCACUAAUCACUUGGAGCGACUUGACAGAGCCCUUAUCCGACCCGGCAGGGUAGACAUGCUUGUUCACAUUGGUGAAGUAUCAAAGUGGCAAGCAGGCAAAUUAUGGGAUCGGUUCUAUGGCGAGCUUGAUCCUGAGGGAACGAAUAAGGCUCGAUUCUUGGGACGCUUGGUCGAUCUUGGUCUCCUUGAGAGCUCUACAAGGGCCACGGUGGGCUGUCCAAGUCCUGCUGCGCUACAGGGACUCUUUCUUUACAACAAAGACAACAUGGACGGAGCAAUUCAGAUGGCACAGGAACUAGUUGCUCCAGUGCGCGCUUCCAAAACGUGUGACCCUGGCCCAGAGACUACAUCCCAUCCAUGA